AUGCGGAAUAUUAUUCACAAUCACGAACCUUUUGAAUUUUAUGAUCAAUGGGAAAGAGAAUUGCAUCGCCUUGAUUAUGGUAGGAUCGUAUGGAACAAUCAAUCAGUACGUGUCUAUUUUGAAUUCAAUGAUACUCAAAAGGUUAUGUAUGGAAAUGAUGUUUCAUACUUAUUUGUAUUUGAAAGACCAACAAAAGUGCGUCUGGAAUAUCAAAUUAAGAAUAAUAUAUUUUCAUUGAGUUUGAUUGAAUCGUCUGAUGAUCAGGAUAAUGCAUCAACCGUAGUAUUGCAUGGAGUUCAAGAAGAUGAACCUGCUCAAGAGCUUCAAUAUGUUGCUGAUGAUGAAAUUGCUGAAAACCCUCAACAAUUUGAUCAACAACCAAUCCUGUAA